AUGCGUGGAAUGCGACUCCGCUUGCGCAUCCAGCGUAAUGAGCUUCCUACCAUCUCCACCCUCUGGCCAGUUCCGGACAUUCAACUCAAACACACCAUUUCGCAGCUUCUCGAUGCCGUGAACCGCACUUUUCCGCUAGAGUCAGAUACAUGGGGUCUGGAGCACUAUGUCGUCACGGUAGCAGGUUUUGAAUGCCUGCACUACCACGAGCUGGGCCAGGUGUGCAAGGAUGAAGACGAGAUUGUGAUCAGGCCAUUGAUGUAUGCCGAGACGAGGGCGAGAACGUUGACGGGAAGAGACCAGAUCACGCCAGAUGGCCGGCAUUUGUGCGAUGGACUGCCCUUCGGACGACCACUCCUGAGAGGUGUGAUAAGGCCCGAUGUCAGGAUCCCAGACAGGAAAGGGAAGCGAGAGGAAGUUGAGGAGAUGGUACAGGCCGGCAUUCCGAUCGGAAGUGGAUUACCGAAUGGUAUGGGCAUGGUGCUUACAAGGCUUGAGGACCGGGAGGAUGUUAAUGAGGAUAGCGAGGGAGCUGACGAGGACUUUGAAGUGCAGGACAGUGACGACCAGUCAGAUGCCGCUACCUCCGAUGAGAGCGACAGCGACGAAAGCUCAGAGGAUGAAAGUGACAACGAGCACGAUUCGAGCAGUGGCACUAGCGACACAUCUGAUAGCGAUUCCGAGGAGGAGAAUAGCACGAGUGACGCAUCGUGGCAUGGCAUUACCGGUGCUACUGUUACCUUGUCGGCCCGAGCUGCUGCCAGCAAGACUGAGCUUGGUUCGCGCAUGCAGCCUCAUGUGAAUGGAGUCAACAGCAUAAACAAUGUGACAGUGAAGCGCAAAGCUCCGGCUGAUGAUCACGCGGCCAGCACGGUAGCGACCGCGAAGAAGGUAAAGAUUGACAACGCACCACCGUACCAAGGCAAGCCAGUCACAAAGUCGCGCAAUCAGCGAAAGCGAGACGCGAAGCAUCUACAACAUCUGAAAAAUGUCGGCGUAUUGGAUCCUAAUGCUGAUUUGAAAGCUCUCCAUGAUUAUCAACGGAAUGACCAGCGCACAAUUGACCAUCUGGACACGAUGCUAGAGGUUUCCGCGAACGGCCAGGAGAAUACUGAGGAAGAUAUUGCGACCGACGCCGUUGAGCAGUCUGAGGCACAGGACAACCAGGCGGCACAGGUUGCGGGUGCCGCUGUCACCAACAAGCCGAAGCCGAGCAAGAAAGCGGAGAUGGAGGCACUGCGUCGAAAGCUGCUUCAGGACAUAUCUACGGGUGGGAUAGAUAUCAACGACAAGUGUGCCAGACUCAGCGCCAAGGAGAGUGAUGAUACACUUGACAGGGUCGGGAACGAGAACGAGGACGAGGUCGAGGACGAUGAGGCGCCGGAGCAGCAGAGCUCGAAACCGCCGGUCGACGCCUUUGAUGAUACCGUCGGCGAGACAGUAGCAGAUGAAACAAGCUUUGUAGAAGCCGAGAAGGAGAAGGUGAAGCCUCCUGCGAUUACCGACAUGGUGCCCGCAUCAGUGGCUCGUCGAGCGAAACUCGACCUAGCUGGUUCACAACGUAUGCUCUUCGGCUCCCUCGGCGUGCGGGCUCCACAGACUGCAGAGGAGAGGGUGGCAUUGCAGAAGAAGCUGGCCGAAAAAGCCAAGCAGCGUCUCCUCCUUCCUGGCAUGACGCCGCGCAAGAUACCACAGAAGAGACCAGAAGUUCUUUCGGCAGAAGCUGAGGCAAGAGCACAAGCAGAAGACGAGAAUGCGUGGCUUAGCAAGAUCGAUCUCUCAGCUGUCGAGUGCUGCGAGGAGGGAGUGACGCUAAGCACGCCACCAUUUCCUUUUUACCAGCGGUGGGAUCCUCAGCAGAAGAAGAGAAAAGCUAAGGGUCGUGCAGCUCAAAGUUAUGCGGAGCCAAGCAAGCGACGCAAGCGCGGCAGGCAGCAAGAUGUUGCGAAUGGCGAGCUCGUUGAGAUCUACGACAAGUAUAAUGCUGGUGCUAAGGGUGAUGCUUUGGACUAUGAUGAUGUUGAGGACGAAGAAGAUCAUGAGCAGUAUUGGGAGGAAGGCGCGUUGCUAAAAGGCGACGCAGAGGAAGGUAGUGAGGAAGACGACGGCUUCCCUCCUUUGCCGGCUGAUCUUACGACAUUGACACCACUCACCGAAGCAGACGCCAAAACGGACGAUUACAUCAUCUUCACUGAGCUUGUAUGCUCGGCUCUGACCUCAUGGCAACCGAAGAUGCUCACGCGUACUGCUAAGCUGCUCGGGAGGGAUGACGAGAGUGCUUGGAAGCUACAAUCCGCGCAGAGAGACCUGGGUAAGAAGGAAUACGAUGGCGAAGGCAACAGGGUCUAUCGCAAGUUCGAGAUGGAGGGCCUGAGCGACGACGAAGGAGACGAGGAUGACGGAGGUGAGCGGGAAAGAACGAUGAUGUGGGCUGAGAUGGGCGAUGUGAAGUUAUUGCUCAGAUCAAUGCAUGGCGAAGCUGUUGUAAUUGAAGCCCAGACCUGA